AUGAAGAAGAGGCAUGGUAGGAAGCACAAAUUGAUAUGACAAAUUGAUGCGGCAUUGAAUGAAGGUCAAUUAAAAGAAAACAAUGUCCAGUUUCAAAGAAAUCAAGACCGCUGCGGAGGAAGCAGAAAUUGCCCUGACAGUGGAUUAUCACAUAAAAAGCAGCAAUUUAGAUUCAAACUUUGAAAAAGCUCUUGAUUCAAGUGAUAUGACUCUUAAUCUAGAGUCUAAAUUAGUUUCCGACUGUGUGAAUAAAUGGUGUUGUAUAAAACUAGAAAGGCUUCCCCUUGGUAAGCAAGCAAGAGAAAGCAACAGAACUACAUUUAAAAAUGAUCCAACUGAAUGCUUUGAUGACUUCUUGGAGGACUUUAUAAAUCAAAGCACUACUGAGGAACCACAACAGCUGAAUAAGACAGUGGCUGAGGUCUUAAUCUUAACAAACUGUGCAGAAGGAAAGGGAGAACAGUUUUGUCAGACUGUAAUGUACAAACUCAUUGAGGUCUCAAAUGAAGAAAAUACAGACACCCCUAACAAUCUCCCUGAAACAUCUGAGCCAAGAGACGGCUGUGAAAAGGAAGGGUGUGACAUUGUUCCAAAAAAGAACCACACAAAAAUCCAAGGUGGAGAUAGAGAAAGGAAUCACCGUUGCCAUAUCUGUGGUAGAAGCUAUAUCCGUAAGGAUAGCCUCAAUGACCACCUGAGAACUCACGGAGAAGAAAGGCCCUACGAAUGUCCAGAAUGUGGCUCAGCUUUCCACUUUAAAUCCGGACUAAAACAACACCUGAGGAUUCACAGUGACGUCAAGCCGUACACGUGUGACACGUGUGGGCAAACCUUCCACUCUUCUGGGAAGUUGUCACAGCACCAAAUAUACCAUUCAGACCAGCGACCUCAUCGCUGUGACGAGUGUGGGAGUCGGUUUAAACAUAAAAUGGAUCUAGGGACUCACAAGAAAAUUCACACCGGAGUGAAGCCCUUCUCCUGUACUGAGUGUGAGGCCAGCUUCCAGCGUCGCGACGUACUGAGGAAACACAUGAGAAUCCACACAGGAGAGAGACCCUACUUAUGCUCUUACUGUGGAAAGGACUUCCCUUAUGCAUACAGUCUUCACACGCAUAUGAUAAUGCACAAUCAGAUGACAUGAGCACAUGGACAUAUCCUUAUUUAAGGACUUUUUU